AUGCACCCCUUCUGGCUCACCUUCCGCGACGGCGCCCUGGAGGGCCGCUACCUGCGCGACGUCUUCUACGGCCCCAACAGGGACCGCGCGCUCGCCCUGGCGGCCCUGCCCCUGCUCGCCGCCUCCCUGUGGCACGAGUACAGCCUGCUGGGCAGCUCGGAAACCUUCUUGGCGCUGGCCGCGCUGGGCGCCUGCACGGUGGCGAUGCUGCACGCGGGUGCGCGACUGGCGUUGCUGAGGGGCUGCGACGGAUACGCCAACGGGAGGAUCGUCUGGUCGGUGGGCUGCAGGCUGGUGCGAUCGCUGGGGCUUGCCUUGGCACUGCACGUCUGGACCUCCCGCGGCGCGCCGGGCCCCUCGCCCCCCCUCCGCGACCUCUGCUUCCGCAGCUCCCUGGCCUCCCUGGCCGCCCACCACAUGGCCUUCCCCCUGCCCUUCCACCACGGCGUCAUAGUCACCGGCGUCACCAUCCUCUCUUUCGUGCCCCCGUCCGCCGCCACCUUCUGCGACGCCGCCCGCCGCAAAGAGGGCGCCGAGUUCAGGUCCGCGAUCAGCUCCGUGGACAGGCUCCUGACGGGCGUCUCCGACGUGCUGCUGGCGCCGCUGCGUGGGGCGCUUAAGGCCCGGCCCGCGUCCUCAGCGGACGCGCUGGCCGGCUGCGAGCCUGUAGUGACCUUCCUGUACGUGGGCCUGGGCUUCCUGGUGCCCACCUACGGGCUGUGGCUGUGGGAGAGGGCCUCGAGGGCGGACUUCGCGACCACGCUGCCGCGGGAAGAGAACAAGCGCGUGAGGAUCGACGCCGCGCCAGCGGCGGGACCGCUGGCGCACGCCGGGAUCAUGGUGCUGGCGUCAAGCUGCAUCUGGCGCGCCCUGAUCGAGGAAUCGUGGACCGCGGGACUGGUGCCCGGCGGGUGGGGGGCGGCAGAGGCCUGA